UGCCUGCCAAUCCCAGCCAUUGGCUGCUACAGCAAAAGAAUCAGUGGGAGCCAACGCUGGUGCAGAAAGCCAGAAGCCUUCACCAGCCAGAAGCAGCCAGACCAAGAGAGAGAGACAGAGAGAGACAGAGACAGAGAGAGACAGAGAGAACGCAACCCAGAAGGAACAAAGGAGAGGACUUUUCUUGUGGUUCUCCACUCUCAGAGUUCUGGAUCUUCGUCCCCCCAGGGAGUUGGGGUGGGCAUCUUCCAACAGGCACCUGCCAGAAUGAUGAACUGUAAGUCCAACUCGCUGACUUGCCUCCAAGGAGGAAAAUCAGAGCUGCCCAUAGCUGCCACCACAGACUCCACCGCCACCUUGAACAAGCUAGCCCUGGCCACAGGGGGCACCGAGAAGUCGUGGUACCGUUGCAUCUUCCCCUUUGGCAUCGUUGCCUUGGUGAUCGGCAUUGCCGCCACCUGCAUCACUUUCAGCAUCAAUGGGCCCCAGAUGGACAUUGCCAAGGUGGUCUCGGUGGCCACCUUGAUCUUUGGAGUCGGCCUGCUGGUGGCUGCCUUGGUCUGCUGGCGAGCCAAACGGGAGCGUCAACGGAAGAAGCAGCAAGAAGAACCCCUUCCCUUAGAACCAGGGGGUCUCUGAAGCCCACCUUGAGGCCAAGCCCCCAGGUACCAACUUUUGCUGUAGAGAACCCUAUCUUUUUCAUGUCAUCCAUGGCAGAUGUUGGGAAAGAAGCUGUGGAGACACACGUCCCGUGUCUUGGAGAUGGAGAAGCAUAGAACCCAGCCAGCCAGGAGCCCAUGGAGCUCCCUUCACUCAGCGUCAUGAGUGGUAUGAUGGACGAGUUAAGGUGGCCAGCUCAGGCCAAGAGGAAGGGAGAACCAGUCCCUGCAGGUGAGUGGCCAGGAUGGGCAUCCAGCUGACCAUACUUCAGCCUUUUCCCCCCCAGGAAGAUGGUUUGAUCUCAGCCAAUGGGGCUGCAGACAAAACACCCCAAGGACGAACUUCAGGAAGAGAGUAACGAAACCCAGAGUCCUUUCCUUGAGGAUAAUGACAAUUGCUUUCCAGCUAUGCCCACCUCUGUCUGAGUGCGAAAACAAAAACAAAAAUAUCCUUUCGGAAAAAAAGGAAAAAAACUGAAACUUCAAUCCCAGGGCAUGGAGCUGGAGGUCGCAAGAAGUUCCACGUGGCUUCUAAGUGAGAAUGGCGCUUCUGCCUUUGGUUACCUGCCCUCCAGUGACUGUGGAUGAGGAAAGAGACCAGGAUUCCACUUGGGCUGCAACAGCCACCCUCGUUUCCCGUGGUGGGAAACCAGGUUGAAAGUUACUGCACAGCUUUUAGGAACAAACAAGGAUUCCCUUCGGCUGCCCACAUCUUUAGCAAGUUAGGCGGAGAAUCUGCUUUGUUCUCGAACGGGAGAAGAGGACGAUGCGCCGAGACGCCCACCGCAGGUUGCAAGACCUCAUGAAAACGCUGAGCCCUCGCAACUGCCACUGCUACUUGCAAAGUGGUACAGCUUCUGACUUUGGGGA